CAAAUGCAUCAAUUAAACGUGAUCCCACUUAUCCCAAUCUAAGCUUGAUCCUAAUCCGACAUAUUUCUUCGCUAUUCACCGGUGCACGGUCAAUAAAGCGGCUCCACGUUUAUUUUCCUUCUAAUCGUGUUUCCUCUACUAGUAUGAGCAACGGUUUGACAGCAUGGGAUAAUUUUAAGGAGAACUACACCACCGUUCUGAUCAACGUACGUGAUGUAAACGACAAUCCACCGGUGUUUAAAAAUCGUCAUAUCGCACACAAAUCAUCGAGGAGGGCGACCGAGGUCUGCCGAAACGAGUGCUACGGGUGAUCGAUAACGAUGGGAUCGACGAGAGCGACAAGUACCACGUUGACCAUUCGUAGAUGAUUGUGCAGCUGAAGGAUAUUAACGAUAACACGCCUCGCUGCAAGAAGCCGAACAUCAGACGGAAUAAACUAAAACCGGGAACAAAGGCUUAACCGGUACAGGUCCCAAAGCAAAACACGUACUCACCGCCCUCAAAGCUUCCAAACAUCCUGCUCACUUGACCGGAAUUAAAACUUUGAUGAAGCACAAAUGCAAGCAAAGACUUCAACAAAACCAACCGCAUAACAAGAAAGCGCAGUUCAGUCUAACUUCGAUAGGGUUCUGAUCAAUUGUUUUUGUUUUAUUUAUUCGACAAAAGCUUGUUAAAUAGCAUGGUGAUGUCGAUCUAAGCGUGGUUUCGUUUUUCAAAGCAAAAGUCUGUUCAAACAUUCUCCACUGUUUUCUUGGAAACUUGGAAACAAAAGCUUGAUGAAAAUCAUCCGUUAUCGAAACGAUCAAUUAACAGAGUUUCCUUUUGCUUCGGGAAAACAAAUAAAGACGCUCACUUGUGCAAAGCAAACACUAACUUGUGUUUUCAAUCAAUUACGAUGAAUGUGUCUAUCGAUAAAAACUAUGAUGCGGUAAACCAUAUGCAUGAUAAGGGUGGCAGUGAAGAACAAGGGACGGGAGGAGAAUCAGGGCAUGUAAAAAGUGGAACAAAUGAUAGUUUGUUCCGGUGCUGCAGUUGAGCUACAACAGGGAGCUUCUGUUUGCCAAUUUGACAAGGGUUUAUUGAAAGAACGUGCUGCACAACACAACUUCAAUCGUUGCAAUGAAUGAACGUUAGGAAAGUGCUGACACACAAAGGAUCUCCGAAGUCCACGUCAAGCAGCAGCUGUGUUUUCUGUUUUUUUUUUUUAAUAAAGACUUUGAGCCAUCGUGUUUUCUGUGUUGAUCUGCAACACAAUUGAGUUUGUAGUCUGGACAAACUAAUUUUUUGUGCACCCUCAGUGCUUACCUAUCAAAUUCACUUUGUUCUCUUAUUUUUUGGUUAGAGCGCCAGUUUCUAACAGUCCAUAAAUAAGCAAACACGAAAACAAACCAUAAACGAUGUAUAGAUGGAUUAAAUAAUAAUAAACAAACAAAUAAACAAACAGUUAAAUAAAACCGGAAAAAUCAAAUCAAACAAACCAAACGGAAGCAUUUCAAAUGACGCGCGAUCCUUUAUUGAAAAUGACUUUGUCACACAUUCAACUAAGAAUUGGUUUGUAAAUCAUAUUUUAUUUAUGGUUUUUACAUAUAUUGUGGUAUAAAAGAGUAACGAAAGGAGUCGUGCUACAAAAAACACUAUGAUGGUAAAAUAUUAAAAUAAAAUGAAAAUGUUGUACAAGCAUGCGUGAAGAACGGACAUUGUAAAGAUUAGAAGUUAAUAAA